AUGGCGUCCUCCUCCUCUAGCCGCGCCCCCGAUCGCACCCCUCGCAACCCCCGCGGCCCCGCCGUCCGUACCGAUGCUGGUGCCUCCGAUCGCGCCGCGAACCGUCUGCCUGACUUGCCCCGGCUGAUGGACCCCUCGCCCGAGGCUGAGCCUCUUACAGCAGGCCCGCCUACUCAGUCAAAUCCCAAUCAGCAAAGGCGAACACCAUCGACACCUGUGCCUAUCCCACAGCAAGGAUCAUCUCCCACUAGUGGAUCCGAUCACUUCUACUCGGCGAGGCAGACGCCUGCUCAGAGCCAAAGUCCUGCCCCUGAUCUGUCUACUGAGAGGCAGAUUGACGUUGACAGUUAUGCCUUUCACGUGAACUCCCUGGUUCAUCCUGCUCGGCGCACAGAACGUGAUCUUGAAAGGCUGCCAAGAUAUGAUCCUAGAAACCCCUCAGCGUCCCCGGCAAGCAGAUCUGACAGCUUCCACUCAGCCAGAGAGACUCCUGUUGCAAGCCAGAGCCCGGCAGCUAAUGAGCCAGUGGUGGAAGUGCAAAUCGAUCCUUCUUCUUAUGAGUUCCAGGUGAACUCUUUGGUUCAUCCUGUCCGUCGUACAGAGCACUUUGAAGAAAGAUUUGAUCCAACUAUUCGUUCAAGAUUGAGGGGACCUGAUCGGAUUCUUGGAAUGUCCUGGGACGAUUGUAUUAGACUAACGAAUGACCGUCUUCUCGCAGACGGCGCUGAAGAAAAAGAUCUGAUUUGCAAAGCAAGGCAUACAGAUCAGGGAUGCACUUGCAAGACUGAGAGAAUCUGAGCAGCUGACAUUGAUGAAAAAUAGUUGGAGCAUGAAGGAUCGAUCUGACAACAUGAUGGGUUGACAGAUAGAAAAGGAAAGGAAGGCAGGGGCAGCAAGAAUACAACAUUCGAAGAGAGAUUUGACCCGAACAUACGCUCAGGACUGGUCGGACCUGAACAGGU